AUGUCAGGUAUUGAUCUAUCAAGUAAUAGAUUAACUGGUGAAAUUCCCAUUGAGCUGGGGAAUUUGAGCAAAAUACAUGCGUUGAAUCUAUCACACAACCAUCUCAUUGGAAGAAUUCCAGAAAGUUUCUCAUACUUACAUGAAGUUGAGAGUUUAGAUCUUUCCUACAACAGCUUGAAUGAGAGUAUCCCUGUUGGUCUACUUGAGCUACAUCCUUUGGCGGUGUUCAGCGUGGCAUACAAUAACUUAUCUAGUAGAGUACCAGACUUUAAAGGUCAAUUCGGAACAUUCGACAAAAGCAGCUAUGAAUCUGACUUGGAUUCUAUGGAAAGUUUCUACGUCGGCUUUGGCAUGUCUUAUGGAGCAAUCUUGCUGGGAUUAGCUGCAGCACUCUGCUUCAAUCCUUAUUGGAGAAGAGCAUGGUUUAGGCUUGUUGGGGCAUUGAUGCUCACUUCUUACAAUUUUCUCUUAGACAAUGUUGUUAGCCCUUUCAAGAAUUGUUGGUGA